AUGCUAUCAUCCCGGCCUCUCACGGUCUCAUCUUACCCUCGAUUCCGACAACAGCAAGACGACCAGCCCCUCGACCUCGUCGACCCCCAGGACUUUGACUUUGACUUGUUCGCAUCGGAAGACACUGCUCAGUCUCAGUCGCUCUACACACUCGCUCCCGACUUCACCCUCCCCUACAAAACUCCCGCGGCGGCGUCACCCAUCGCCACUCCCCGGAGGCCUCGCACCACCGACUUCCUGGUGCUCCCCUCCUCAUCGACACCUACCACGACAGUCGACGACACCCCCCUCAGCAUCAACCACCCUCCUGAACUGAUGCCGUCGGAAUCAUCGUGGGCCUCGGGCAACCAGUACACGUCCAGGCCCAUCGGCCGCCUCCCCCAUCAGCGUGAAUCGUCGUUGUCUUCACUGGGCUCCGCCGGCCCUGCGUCCCCGUACAACCACAGCACGUCCAACCCGCAGAUCGCCAUUACCGACUCAGCAAAUGACCACUACAACGAUGUCCAGUCGCACGACGGAGGUGCUCAGUACUAUCAGUUGAGCAAAGCCAUGAGCGGUACACAGGAAGGUGGCUUGUACUCGGGCUACCACGCCUUUGGCGGAAUGGACCACUCCGACAUGGGGUACCCAGUUGCUAUUGCAAUGCAGCGUCCGCGGACAGACAAGUCAUUGCUUCCAGCGCCGGAGUUUCCUAUGCAUUCAAGAUCUCAUCCGACUUCUGUGGCAAGUUCAACGGCGGGCGGUGAUUCACCAGCCACACCCACGAUGGGUGAACCUGACGACGACCGAAGACGACGAACUGUUCUCCCGGAACCGCCCAAGCUAGACCGCACCAUGACGGAUAUCUACAGCGAUGAGCUCUACAGCCCCAGUUUCAACAUUGUGUCAGCGUCUUCGCCCCAGAGCCAGCUGGCUGUAUCACCCAACAACGAUGUAUUCGCACAGAGGCUGCAGGCAGCCAACAGCCAACACCUGAAUGCCGUCCACUCUCCCACCUCAGUAGGGACAAGGGACAGGUCGCCCUUCCGUCACGGCUCCCCACUGGCUCCUGGUACUGUUCAAGAGAUGACGAACAAUAUGCACGCACCACGACUCCGCUUUAACUCGGCACACAAUAUGCGCGAGCAAGAUAACGCAGAACGCCAAGCCCAAUUAGCUAGGCAACAGUUAGCGAUGAAAGCCGAGCCAGAUACGCCCAAGACCAUCUCGCCAAAGGAUGCUAUGCUAGAGUUUCAGGGAUGCGAUGCGGAUUCCAACUUCCCAUCUCUAUUUCCUCUAUCAGAUCCUACGGACUUCGGGGUUCCACAGCUACCAUCGAACAAUUCGGCGUCAAGUGAGCAAUUGUCUGAUUUCUCGAGACAUCUUGCUGCGAAUGGGCCUCCAGUCACAUUCCCCUACAUGGCGCAACAUCUACCUGCAAGCGUACAAAUUCCGCAGCACUAUCCAUUCAUCGCUCAUGCUCAGCAAGACCAGCAGGCAAAUUCAGACGUCAGCCCUGCGGGAUCUAGCUCAAGUAGCUCAUCAGCCACGCCCGCGGCACUCCAAAAGCCCGCCGGUGCGGCUGCCGAUGGCGGAACAUACACCUGCACAUAUCACGGAUGUACUCUGCGUUUCGAGACGCCCGUUUUGUUACAAAAGCACAAGAGGGAGGGACAUCGCCAACCGCAUGGAUUGGGCAUGCCGCCGAGACACAUCGACACCAAAUCUGAGCCUGCGGAUGAUGCUGCCAAUCUUCUGAACAGUCAAGCUGGGCCGCACCGCUGCGACAGGAUCAAUCCUAGCACCGGGAAAUCGUGCCACACCAUAUUUUCACGACCAUACGACCUUACUCGGCACGAAGACACUAUUCACAAUGCUCGGAAGCAGAAAGUACGGUGCGAUCUCUGCAGCGAGGAAAAGACGUUCAGCCGGGCCGACGCCUUGACAAGACACUACAGGGUGUGUCACCCUGAUGUGGAGUUCCCUGGCAAAUAUCGCAGACGUGGAAACCACAUUUGAAUUUUCUGUCAGGAUGGCUGCGGUAGAUGCCAAUCACUUCUGGGUUGGGAAUCAAUGGCCGGGGUAAUGUGCUUCAGGGUCUUGACGACCGCGUUGUCAUCCAUUCUAUGACAUCAUCAAAGGACCCUGAAAACUCACUUGGACCCACCAAAUGACAUCAUGGCGCCAUUUUCCGCUGAACCCUGCAUGCGCCUUCUCCACUCGGAUGGACGAGACCCGUUUCGACAGUCUCCGAGGGAGGAUACCCCAGUUCAUGAGCGAGCGGGGCGUUGGCACAUAUCAUUGGGCAUGGCCAAUGUCCAGGUGCCAUUGACGACAUCUGUCUGUGCGACAUGCCGAUCUUGUCGGUGCACCAGCUCUUGGUAGACAUGCUGUUGCAUCAUCAACGCUGUCCAUUGAUGCCCGCGCCCAUCAUUUAUUACACUACAUCAGUUAUAUGCAAACGAGUCCAGAUGAGGCGCUUGCGCGAUGCCCUGACGCCCCUAUGCGUUAUGACGUCGAUUGGUGCCACAUCUCUCCUACACCAAUUGCUCGCGCCCGCAACGGUGCGACGAGAUGGCGAAUGAGACGAUACUCUCCGUAUCAUCUGUCUCCGUACAGUUCAACGCAAAGAUCACUUGUACUAUAUUCACUUGUCUCGCAACGAAAAGUACGAAAAAGGAGUGCUUAGCGCUCAACAUAAGUCGCGGCGACACACUUGUCACAAUGGUUGUACUCUGAGUUUGGGAGGUAUAGAUUAGGACAUUGGUCCAUUGCAAAAGCGACCUAUGAGCGAGAUUUUUAAUGUUGCAUGAUACUAUGAUUUGAGAGAUAGACGCCAUAUAAUCAAUUGCGAGUUGUGCAC